CUUAGAGACCAUUAGAGACCUACAGUAAAGCUGUCGUCCACGGGGUUGCAUGUAAACGUAUAUCACCAUGAACACUGCAAGCAUAACCAUCAUUCUGCUCACCCUCCUGGCCAUUUUCUCAACAACUGAAGGUAAAUAAUCAUCCAUUCAUCACUUAAUAUUGUAUACUUAAUUACUAAUUAAUUACUACUAUUUUAAAUAUUUUAUUAUAGUUUAUUACCUUAUUGAAUUUAUAACCUGGGUACAUUCAUUUUAAGUUUUGGCAACUAAUCAAUAUUCCAGUAGUGUUGGUGACUCUUUACAUGACAUUGUUCUUAUUACUGAGUUAUAAUCCAUGUUUAUACAGAUUAAGAACUGUUGUAACUACUACUCAUUGUUACACUGUGUUUACAGCAGUAACCCUUACCCUAUCUAGCCCUAACCUGUAACCAUAGAUUCAUACACAUGCAAGAUAAACACUGAAAUUGAACCAAGAGAUUUAAGACAAACCCAUUGUGGUUUCCUCUAUUUUCUCUCUAUAGGGAUAAAGCAACCACUGGUUCUACGCUGCCUUUGCCCCAAAGUGCAGGCUGGUCUUAUUCCGUUCAGGGAUUUGAAGAGUGUGUGGCACCUCUCUCCUCGCCCACACUGUUCAAAGACUGAAGUCAUGUGAGUAUAUCCCUCCCUCAACUGAUAAAUCAACAUAACUAAGCAUUUAUAAUCAAUAACCGGUAUGAUUAUUGAUCAAUUUUGACAAUGAUCUUCUCCUUAAAAUAUGUAAAAAAGUUGUUGUCCCUCAAAUGAUAAAUCGACACCUCGAUAGUUUAUCAUCAGGUUAAAUGUUUUGACAGUGAUCUUCAGACUAAGUGUUAAAAACAUGAAAAGUAACUUAUGAUUUCAAAAAGUUUAAUAAUUUGCUCAAAGGGAGAUAAAACAAAGGUACUGGUGCACAUCUAGAAGAUAGUGCAUUAAAGGGAUAGUUCCUAAUUCCUGACCUUGAAAGCCAUCUAUGGACCAUCUAUCCCUUUAAUUAUUUUCAGUGUCAGACUCAAAAGUGGACGUCAACUCUGCCUGGACCCAAAGAACCGUUUGGUGAAGAUUCUGGUGGAGAGAUCAACCAGAAGGUAAUAACAAUCCAUAACUUAAUAAUACAUUCCAUGGCAGUGCAUUGCUGCCAUUGCCUUGUAUUAGCGAGAUCAUAGCCUGGUCCCAGAUCUGUUUGUGCUGUUAUGCAAUACAGCACAAACAGAUCUGGGACCAGGCUAGCCAGAUCAUGGUUCAUGAUCAACAUUUAGGAGAGAUAGUCUACGGUCUACAGAUGCUCUUAAAAAAGCAAUGUCUUCAACUAGUUUUACUUGUCUUCUUCUCUUUUGCAGAAUGCAGGAACGUAAACAUUCUAAAGAGGUUGGAAGCACCACUCGUGCCCCGUUACACUUGUCAACCAAAUAAUGGACAUGAUUCAACAACUUGUCGACUGGUCUGCCUGCCCAGUGCCCAAUUCUGAUGCAUCCACUACAAUACUAUGAUGCUUAUUGGGAUUGUUGCACUGUGAAAGAAUUGAUAAGCUGACUUUCUUCUCCUGCGCAGAAGGAUAAAUGUGACAUUGUAUACACAUUUUCUUUAUCCGUGCAUGACUUCAUUGCUGUCUCAUACAUCACACCCUAAUAUAUCACAUUAUAUGAGUAAUAUGGCUAGUCAUUGUUUAUAAUAUGUUUAUUACAUAUGUGUUUAUUCCAUAUAAUAUGUUUUAGUACAUGUAUGUUCAUUAUAUCUUCACCUGUGAAGGGCACAGGUAGCCUCAGGAGUCCUUAGAAGAGAGCUGCAUAUAGGUCACUGAAAAGAGACCUUUAUAACAGGACUUAAAGACAGAGUGUCUGUCCAUUGAUGCUUUCAUUUUAUAACUUGUCCAAGCAAGCAAAUAAAAACAACAUAUUCAUAUCUGUUGACUGUCUCGGUAUAAUGUUCCAUUUUCAGUCAAG